GUUGUCAUAAACCUGAAGCAGUCAUUUUAUAUUUAUGGUUGUAAAAAUGUUUAUGAAUAAAUUUUGUAUCAUACUACACAGUCUCUGUUCAAGCUUUGUUUGAUUUAUGUUGUAUUCCUACCCUAAUACGUUUAUUAGUCUAAUUUUGUCAAGUUAACUGACCUAAUUAUUAGCAAAUUAAGACCAGUCUACCAAGAAUAAUUUCUGUGCUGUCGAAUUGCUAUUAUCCACCUUGUACCACUAGAGUGUGUUUCUAAGAAUUGCUAAACUUGAUGGCCAUACUAUUCGUCAUUCGAAUUUUGACACCCGGGAUCAGUAUUUUAAUUACUUCGUUUUUCUUUUCAAACAGGAUUCCAUCAAGUAUCGUUGACAAACACGUGCUCCUCCGAUCAGUUUCUUGGAAUGUUAUUGCUGUUGUUAUAUUGAGUGUAGGGAAUUGCUUGUUGAGCAACAGACACUCUGGCUCACGCUCGUAGACUUUACCACGGUAUCUUAUCAGCGCCUUCAUAUCAGCUUUGUACUUUUUCAAGUACCGUGUGUAAUGGACGGUACAGUUUCUCGAAAAGUCUUUGUAGGGGGCUUACCAUGCUCGUACCCAAGUUCGCAUAUUGAAGACGAUUUGUUUAAUAUGUUCCGAGUUUUCGGUCCACUCACUGUCACCUGGCCGGGCAAAAAGCAUUUUGGAGGUGGUAAAGAUAUCAAAGGCUACGUUUUUCUACUCUUCGAGGAGGAGGCCUCUGUUCACCGACUACUGUCGGUAUGUAAGAUGUGCGAACGCGGGUUAUAUUAUAUUGAAGUCACCUUUCUUGAGGGUGCUCGUCUCACCCGUGCUAUCCGCCCUUAUAGCGCGCUGUCAGUAGGCCAACAACUUGUUCAGAACUAUUUUGCUCAUCAUAAUCAGCGAAGAUAUCAGCAGAAUUUUCAGACGCAGCAAGCUUUUCAGCAGCAGCUUGAGCAGCAAAAGAAAAGACUGCAUAUUCAGCCUUGGUUCCUCCGCGAUCGAUGGGUUUUUCUUGAUGAGCCUUCCGACCUCCUGCACCGCCAGACAAUUUUUGUUGGGGGUGUGCCGCGCUGCAUCAAAGCUAGCGAGUUGGCUGAGAAAUUGGAAGCAACUUUUCCUGGGGUCCGGUAUGUUGGUCUCGAUGUAGAUCGCGAAUUUCUUUUUCCAAAGGGAGCAGCAAGAGCAACAUUCUUCACGAGUGAAGCUUAUCGAGCUGCUCUAAAAGCUCGGUUUCUUUCAUUUGUCUACAGCGACCACCGUGGUCAGGAACGCAAAAAGGUGCUUGAGAUCAAACCGUACAUAGUCGACGAAAUGGACUGCGAUUCUUGCUUACGUGGUCUGACGCGUUUAGGUGUGCCACCGGUCGCAGAGGGCCCUAGGUCUCCUGCUCUCCUCUAUUGUCCGCACUUAACGUGUCUUUCAUACCUUUGCAUUGCGUGCUUCAUACGAUUGCAUCCUUUGAGCGAUCCUGAGCUAGCCUCACAUCGUCCCCUUAGCAAAGAUCCGAAGAUCAAGAUCGAUGGGUGAAGUCAUUUCUCCAUAAAGACAUUUCAAAGAGAACAGAGGAUUUCUUUGUACUCAAUGUGUGCAAAUGCCACAGGUUGUCUAUGUGAGUUUUACACAUCAUCUGCAUUUUAUUAUUAUUACUGAUUAUAAUAACAGCAGUAAUGUUACUAGUGGUAGUAGUAGCCUU